UUCAAGAACCGCGAAUUUCGACAAUUUGCAUUUCCUCAAAAACUUGCGUGUGAUGACAACCCUGCACCCAAAGUGCACACGUUUUCAUCUGUUUUUUCUGCGACUCCAGUCAUCUGCAUCCAGACCUGUGAAAUGCCUCAGCCGGAACAGCAGACCGAUGUCAGCGGCACAGCCGAAGCCGAAGGUCCUCCAAAGACUGCCAAGCAGCUGGAGAAGGAGCGCCUGAAGGCGGAGAAGCUGGCGAAGCUCCAGGCCAAACUGGACAAGAAGGCUGCUGCUGCAGCCCCUGCUGCGGGUGAAAAGAAGGAGAAGCCCGAGAAGCGAACGAAGGAGGUGAAAGAGGCUGCCGUGUACACGGCCCAGACAGCGCCCGGGGAGAUGAAGGAUCUGAGUGGUCCUCUGCCGGACGCGUACAGCCCGCGGUACGUGGAGGCUCAGUGGUACAGCUGGUGGGAGAAGCAGGGCUUCUUCAAGCCCGAAUAUGGGCGACCGUCGAUUGACUCGCCGAAUCCCAACGGAAAGUUCGUGAUGAUAAUUCCCCCGCCCAAUGUGACAGGAUCCCUUCACUUGGGCCACGCCCUUACCAACGCCAUCGAGGACGCCAUCACGCGGUACCACCGCAUGAAGGGGCGCACCACUCUGUGGGUGCCUGGUUGUGAUCACGCCGGCAUCGCCACUCAGGUGGUGGUGGAGAAACUUCUGUGGCGCGACGAGAAGCUGUCACGACAUGACCUGGGCCGCGAGAAGUUCAUCGAGCGAAUCUGGGACUGGCGGCGCGAGAAGGGCGGCCGUAUCUACGAUCAGCUCAAGAGCCUCGGCUCCUCCUAUGACUGGUCGCGAGUCGCCUUCACCAUGGACCCCAAACUGUGCCGCGCCGUCACCGAGGCCUUCGUACGCCUCCACGAGGAAGGAAGCAUCUAUCGAAGCUCCCGCCUGGUCAACUGGUCCUGCACGCUGCGCUCGGCCAUCUCCGACAUAGAGGUCGACAAGGUCGAGAUUCCCGGACGCACGUUCCUCUCCAUUCCGGGUUACGAGGAGAAGGUGGAGUUCGGCGUGCUGAUUAAGUUUGCCUACAAGGUGGAGGGCAGCGACGAGGAAAUCGUUGUGGCCACCACCCGUAUCGAGACGAUGCUGGGUGACACGGCCGUGGCCGUUCAUCCCCAGGACGAACGCUACAAGCACCUGCACGGCAAGUUCGUAGUCCAUCCCUUCUCCACACGCCGCCUGCCCAUCGUGUGCGACGAGUUCGUAGACAUGGCGUUCGGCACGGGUGCCGUUAAGAUUACCCCGGCUCACGACCCCAACGACUACGAGGUGGGCAAGCGUUGCAACCUGCCCUUCAUCACCAUCUUCAACGACGACGGCUACAUUAUCGGUGACUACGGCGAGUUCACGGGCAUGAAGCGCUUCGAGUGCCGCAAGCAGAUCCUGGAGAAGCUCAAGGCCCUCAACCUUUAUCGCGAGACCCUGAACAACCCCAUGGUUGUGCCCAUCUGCAGCCGCUCCAAGGACGUUGUCGAGCCGCUGAUUAAGCCGCAGUGGUAUGUCAGCUGCUCGGACAUGGCAGCCUCCGCCACCGAGGCCGUGCGUUCCGGCGCCCUCAAGAUUAUUCCCGAGCACCACACGAAGACCUGGUACCACUGGAUGGACGGUAUCCGCGACUGGUGCGUGUCGAGGCAACUGUGGUGGGGCCAUCGCAUUCCGGCCUACCACGUCAGCUUCAGCGACCCUUCAGUCCAAACGGGAUCGAAUGACGACGAGCAGUAUUGGAUUGUGGCUCGUAGCGAGACGGAGGCGCUUAGCAAGGCUGCCGAACGAUUCGGCGUUGAGGCGAGCAAGAUUGUCCUGAAGCAGGAUGAGGAUGUGCUAGACACAUGGUUCAGCUCAGGCAUCUUUCCGUUUUCCGUGUUCGGCUGGCCGGACAACACCAAGGACCUGGAGACAUUUUACCCCACGUCGUUGCUGGAGACGGGCCACGACAUUCUGUUCUUCUGGGUGGCCCGCAUGGUAUUCUUUGGCCAGAAGCUGCUGGGAAAGCUGCCCUUCAAGGAGGUCUACCUCCACCCGAUGGUGAGGGACGCCCACGGACGCAAGAUGUCCAAGUCUCUGGGCAACGUGAUUGACCCGAUGGAUGUGAUUUGCGGCAUCACGCUGGAGGGGCUCCAUGCCCAGCUGGUGGGCUCCAACCUGGACCCCCGCGAGAUCGAAAAGGCCAAGGCUGGGCAAAAGCAGGACUAUCCCCAGGGCAUUCCCGAGUGCGGAUCCGAUGCCCUGCGCUUCGCUCUGUGCGCCUACAUUACACAGGCUCGCGACAUCAACCUGGACAUCAACCGCGUGCUGGGCUAUCGCUUCUUCUGCAACAAGCUCUGGAACGCCACCAAGUUCGCCCUGCUCUACUUCUCGGGCUCGGAGAAGUUCGACACAGAGUUGAGUGCCUCUGAUGCGGUCAACCAGAUGGAUUCCUGGAUCCUUUCCCGGCUGGCGGCUGCCAUCGAGGCCUGUAACCAGGGCUUUGAGACCUACGACUUUGCCGCGGCCACCAGCGCCUGCUAUGCCUUCUGGCUCUACGAUCUCUGCGACGUGUAUCUGGAGUGCCUUAAGCCCGUCUUCCAAAGCGGCAGCGAGGCGCAGCAGGCAGCGGCGCGGCGUACUCUUUACGUGUGUCUGGACUACGGCCUUCGGCUGCUCUCGCCGUUUAUGCCCUUCAUCACCGAGGAGCUCUACCAGCGGCUGCCGCGGGCCAACCCAGCGCCCAGCAUCUGUGUGGCCAGCUAUCCCAGCAACGUCUCUUGGCGCAGUGCCAAGAUAGAGUCCGACGUGGACUUUGUCCAGAAGGCGGCCCGCAUCAUCCGCUCGGCUCGCUCAGACUACAAUCUGCCGAACAAGACCAAGACCGAGGCGUACAUCGUGUGCACGGAUGACGCGCCCAACGAAAUACUCAAGCGCUACGCCGAUGAUCUGGCCACGAUCUCCUACUGCUCCAAGAUAGCCUUCGACGGCGCCCCGCCGGCGGGCUGUGCCAUUCUGACCGUGACCGGUCAGUGUGAGGUGCACCUGCUGCUGAAGGGCCUGAUCGAGGCGGACAAGGAGAUAGUGAAGCUGCAGAAGAAGAGCGACCAGCUGGUGCAGACUGUGGGCAAGCUGAGCCAGGCCAUUCAAGCGGCCGACUACGCCGCCAAGGUGCCCGUUGAGGUGCAGGCCGCCAACGAAACGAAGCUUUCGGAGUCGCGGGCAGAGAUCGAGCGAAUUGCUGCCGCCAUUGAGACGCUGAAACUGAUGUGAAGAGGCCAGUCGGAGGCUCUGAAGGGAUUCACUCCAGAUCAAGCAUUUUGUUGAUAUUUUGGCGUGCUUGCUUACUUGAUAUAAACACGCGCUUCUUUUGGUUUUUUUUGUUAAGAACAAAUAUCAAUCUACAAUUUUUUAUGUAUUUAUUACUGCGACACUUGCAAUUUUCGAGCUAAAAAAUAAAUAGAAAUGAAAAAGGA